AACUUCCACUCGAGCGCCAAGGAGGACUUUGAACCCAAAGAAGAGAGUAUGAUGACUACCGCGACGCAGAGAAGAGAAGAAAAUGCACCUACUUCUAGUGAGAAUAGGAAGGACAAAGGUCUUUUAGAAACUAAAGAAGAAACAAAAGGCGAAUGUGGUUCAAGAAUUAAUGGAGAAGGAUACAAGGAGCAAGGAUGUAACUCUAUAUGAGCAUUUGGCAGUGGAAAUGAUAGAUUGUAGGCGAAGAAACGCAAACCACAAUCAAAUGUUUUUCUCCGGAUUCGACAACUCUUUUCCCAGAUAUUUGCGCUGAGGACCUCCUCCAACAAAAUGGAGACUUUUCUUGUCCUGGAUUAGAGGAUUGGCUGAUGAUCUAAUCACGGAGUAACAAGGGAUCAGUAACACGUAGUCAGCAUGUUCUCGCCUGUAUUAGAACAUUUCAUCUAUCAACAGAAGCUUCUAUUGAUAUUUAAUUAAUAUGUCCAUCUACUCAAAGCAAAAGGCCUAAAAGCUCCUCAACAAAGUCAUCCAUCUUCUAGAAGUAAAAAAUUUCCACAUUUGGACGCGGACGCUUUUGGCUUGUGCAAAAUUCAUCCCCUGAAACUCACAUUUUCCAGGAAAUUCAUUCCACCACAUAACUCAUUGAAAUUGGCCAAAUUCCACUCUCUAUAAAUAACAGACUACUCUUCCAUCAUUUCCAUAAACAACUCCCUGCAUUUCCAAGUUUCAUAUCCUACAAAACCCAAGUCCUCAAUUUUCUUUUCUCUCAUAUCAGAAAAAGAAAAACUAAGAAACAUGGCUGAGAAGGCUUAUCCUGCAGUCCCGGCAAACCAUGGUUACCAAAGAAGUGAUGCAGAGUCUUUGGAAAAUGCUGAUGAGCUGAAACGCAAGAAGAAAAUCAAAUUGGCCAUAUAUAUUACUAUUUUCGUUGUGUUUCAGAUCAUAGUUAUCACCACAAUGAGUCUCACUGUAAUGAAAGUCAAGACCCCCAGGUUCAGGCUAGGCAACAUCAACUUCCAGAGCUUCGAAUCUGUCCCGGAAACACCUUCAUUCGACACAAAAUUCACAACCCAAAUCAAGAUCAAGAACUCAGCCAACUGGGGUUCCUACAAGUUCAAUGCUGCCAAUAUCACGUUUCAAUACCGAGGCACGACUUUGGCAGUAAUUGAUGUCGCAAAGGGCAAGGCUGGAUGGCUUUCGACCAUAAAAAGAAAUGCGGAGGUGAGUUUGAAUUCAAGUCGAAUAACUGGUUCAAAUCUGGGCAGCGAAUUGAGCAGCGGGGUGUUGACGCGCAACAGCGUAGGCAGAUUGAAUGGAAAAGUUGCAAUUAUGUUCAUCAUGAAGAAGAAGAAGGCUGCCAACAUGAACUGCACUAUUGCCUUUGAUGUGGCAGCCAAGACGCUCAAAUCUUUACAAUGCAAGUGAA